AUGAGAGCCAUAGUAUGUGAGGGAACUGGUGGACCUGAAGUCAUGAAAAUUUCUGAUACUGUAGAUCUUCCAUAAUGCAAUUAGAAUGAAGUGCUCUUGAAAAUUGAAGCUACUGCAGUUAAUAGAGCAGACACUCUCUAAAGAAAAGGAAAGUAUCCACCACCUCGAGGUGUUACUGAUAUUAUUGGGCUUGAAUGUGUUGGCUAUAAGACUGAUCCUAAAACUCUACAGGUGGACAAAUCUAAAUUAUUUAUGACAUUGUUAUCAGGUGGUGGCUAUGCUUAGUAAUAUCAAUAUUCUUCAUUCAAGAUUUAAUUUAGAUAUGCUAAAGUUCAUUAUUCACAUUUAAUGCCUGUACCAAAAGGAUUAGUACUUGAAGAAAUCGCUGCCAUCCCAGAAGUUUGGCUUACUGCAUUUCAGCUACUGCAUAAAGUUGGAAAUGGUUAGUCUGGUGAAACUGCUUUAGUCUUAGCUGCAGCCUCUGGAGUUGGAACUAGUCUUAUUUAAUUAGCAAAGAAAAAUAAAAUGAAUGUAAUAGCAGUUGCUUCGAACCAAGAGAAGCUUAACCUAUGCAAAUUUUAAAAUAUAUUGGAAUAUACCAAUAAAAAGGGUGUUGAUGUUAUUUUAGAUCCAAUUUUAGCCUCUAAUUUUGAUUAUAAUAUGAAAUCAAUAGGUAUGGAUUCGAGGUGGGUAAUGUAUGGCACUAUGGGAGGUCUUAAAGUAGAAAAUGCAAACUUUACAAAUUUAAUCUUGAAAAGAGGCCAAAUUUUAGUAUCAACUUUAAGAAAUAGGACAGAUGAGUAUAAGGCAUAAUUGAUAAAGGAUUUUAGUUCUGCUUGUAUUCAAUAGUUUGAAAUGAAAAGACUAAAGCCUAUUGUAGACCGAGUGAUGAAGCUAAGUGAAGUUUAGCAGGCUCAUGAGAUUAUUGAGAAGAAUUAGAAUGCAGGCAAGAUAAUCUUAAUCAAUGAUUUGUGA